AUCCUGUUCUUUUCCUUUUUUGUCUGACAGUAGAUCUUCAUGGAGGAACACGGAGUGGCACAAACUGAACACAUGGCUACCAUAGAAGCCCAUGCAGUGGCCCAACAAGUACAGCAGGUCCACGUGGCCACUUAUACCGAGCACAGUAUGCUGAGUGCUGAUGAAGACUCACCGUCUUCCCCCGAGGACACCUCUUAUGAUGAUUCAGAUAUCCUCAACUCCACAGCUGCUGAUGAGGUCACAGCUCAUCUGGCUGCUGCAGGUCCUGUGGGAAUGGCUGCUGCUGCUGCUGUGGCAACAGGAAAGAAACGGAAACGGCCUCAUGUGUUUGAGUCUAAUCCUUCUAUCCGGAAAAGGCAGCAAACACGUUUGCUUCGGAAACUUCGAGCCACAUUAGAUGAAUAUACUACUCGAGUUGGACAGCAAGCUAUUGUCCUCUGUAUCUCACCCUCUAAACCCAACCCUGUCUUUAAAGUGUUUGGUGCAGCACCUUUGGAGAAUGUGGUGCGUAAGUACAAGAGUAUGAUUCUGGAAGACCUGGAGUCUGCUCUGGCAGAACACGCCCCUGCGCCACAGGAGGUUAACUCAGAACUGCCACCUCUUACCAUCGAUGGAAUUCCAGUCUCAGUGGACAAGAUGACCCAGGCCCAGCUUCGGGCAUUUAUCCCAGAGAUGCUCAAGUACUCCACAGGUCGGGGAAAACCAGGCUGGGGGAAAGAAAGCUGCAAGCCCAUUUGGUGGCCUGAAGAUAUCCCAUGGGCAAAUGUCCGAAGUGAUGUUCGCACAGAAGAGCAAAAGCAGAGGGUUUCAUGGACCCAGGCACUACGGACCAUAGUUAAAAACUGUUAUAAACAGCAUGGGCGAGAAGAUCUUUUGUAUGCUUUUGAAGAUCAGCAAACACAAACACAGGCCACAACUACACACAGUAUAGCCCAUCUUGUACCAUCACAGACCGUAGUGCAGACCUUUAGUAACCCUGAUGGCACUGUCUCACUUAUCCAGGUUGGUACAGGUGCAACAGUAGCCACUUUGGCUGAUGCUUCAGAAUUACCAACCACAGUCACUGUUGCCCAAGUGAAUUAUUCUGCCGUGGCUGAUGGAGAGGUGGAACAAAAUUGGGCCACGUUACAGGGAGGUGAGAUGACUAUCCAGACAACGCAAGCAUCAGAGGCCACCCAGGCAGUGGCAUCAUUGGCAGAGGCCGCAGUGGCAGCUUCUCAGGAGAUGCAACAGGGAGCUACAGUCACCAUGGCGCUUAACAGCGAAGCUGCCGCCCAUGCUGUCGCCACCCUGGCUGAAGCCACCUUACAAGGUGGGGGACAGAUCGUCUUGUCUGGGGAAACCGCAGCAGCCGUUGGAGCACUUACUGGAGUCCAAGAUGCUAAUGGCCUGGUCCAGAUCCCUGUGAGCAUGUACCAGACUGUGGUAACCAGCCUCGCCCAGGGCAAUGGGCCAGUGCAGGUGGCCAUGGCCCCUGUGACCACCAGGAUAUCGGACAGCGCAGUCACCAUGGACGGCCAGGCUGUGGAGGUGGUGACAUUGGAACAGUGACAAGCAGCCAUAUCAUGGCACUAUUUUCUAGUCUACUUCAAAAUUUUUUACACGUUUGCAGAGGUGCAAUCAAAUGGAAUUAAGUCUCUCGACUUUGGAAGAAAAGUUUUGUUUAACCUUUUUUUUUUAAAAGGAAGAAAGGCAGCGUAUUUGGGAAUUGCAUUUUUUAAAGCACCACUUGAUUUUCUGGGAUUGGUGGAGCAAGAAACUGCGUUGUCAAUUUCACUGUCCCAAAAAAGCCAAAUUGUGGCAGGACUUCUUUCUGCAGAAACGUGUGUGUAUACUUAUGUGUGUGUAUGUGUGAGUGUGAAUAUAUGUAUAUGUGUACAUAUGGACAUACACAUUUACAUAUAUGUAAAGUAUAUAUAUGCAUAUAUAUGUAUGAAACCCGCAUGGAAUUAUCUGUAUGAAAUCAAGGUGAGCUGUGGAAACAAUAAUUCACCCAGUUUAGUGGGUGGUAGGGUACGUGGCCAGACAGUCACCUGGUUUUGGUUCAUACCAGGGUCAUGCGUUGAGCUACUGACAAACUCAGGUGGAGGUGACCAUGCCCUUCACCAAAGCUGCCUCCCAAUGACCAGAACUCUCCCUGCUGGACUCACCUGAGGAAGGAGGUUCCAGAACAAGAUGGGUCCAGAAAAUGUGCUUAUGAGGUCCGGAGGCCGCGUGGUCUGCCAGCUGAGACGCUCCUUGGGCUGGCCCAGGUGCUGACCUUGCCACGGGCAAAUGAAUGUCCUGAAAGCUCCCAGGCAGGGACAAGAAGGUUCUCCUCAGUCUCCCUUCUCCUCCCCUUCCCAGGAAUCCUUCUUGAUCUCAUGACUAUUAAAAUGUUGCUUUGGUUUUAAGGUCAGUCCCGAAUCGGUCAUGUAUGUGAACUGAAGGUAACAGAAGUAUUAAGGGUUUGAGGAGUGCGCGUGUAUGUUAGGUAUGCUUGUCAGUGGGUGCUGCAUGGUGGAAAGAACGGGAAGGGGGUGGGAGGGGUCGGAAGGGAAAGGAAGGAGGGAGAAGAAAAUCUUCCCAGACCAGGGCACCCCAGUGGGAGCAAUUUUCUCUAGCUGUCUGUAGCUGAACAGAGGAGACGCUGGAACUGAAAGGAAAGGAAACCUGGCUCAUGGAAGGUUGGCCAUCACAAGGAGAUGUGUUUCCUGCAUGCCUGGAUCAGGCCCUGCUUCAGAAGAGACUCUGCAAGAACCAUUUUCCUGGGUGCAGCCUGGAGGCUCAGGCCCUCAACGGCUUUCGGGCUCACAUGUGUUGAUUGGUGCGUGUUCUUUGUACUAUUAAAUUCUGUGCUUGCUCAGCUGCAAGCCCCAAGUCUCCAAUGGCUAAAUUCACCUGACUUUUCAACAGGCCAAAUCUCUGCUCCUUGAGUACAGGGACAACUCUUCCUCCCUCCUCCUAGGUCCCCCUAUUUGUGUGAUAGUGUAUUUAAUGUGUUUUUUUAAUGCAACAUUAAAAGAUUCUUCAUGUCUUGC